AUGGCCACUCAAAUAUCAAAAAAGAGAAAAUUCGUAGCUGAUGGUGUUUUUUUUGCAGAACUUAAUGAAUUCUUUACACGUGAAUUAGCCGAAGAAGGAUAUUCUGGUGUUGAAGUUAGAGUAACACCCGCAAGAACUGAAAUAAUUAUUCGUGCAACUCAUACACAAGAUGUACUUGGUGAGAAAGGUCGUAGAAUUCGUGAAUUGACAGCCUUGAUUCAGAAAAGAUUUAAAUUUCCCGAAAACACUGUUGAAUUGUAUGCAGAAAAGGUGCAAAAUCGUGGUCUUUGUGCUAUUGCACAAUGUGAAUCUCUUCGAUAUAAAUUAUUGGCAGGACUUGCUGUUAGAAGGGCUUGUUAUGGUGUACUUCGCUUUAUCAUGGAAUCUGGUGCUAAAGGUUGUGAAGUAGUUGUAUCAGGAAAAUUAAGAGCUGCUCGUGCCAAAUCAAUGAAAUUCGUUGAUGGAUUUAUGAUUCAUUCUGGUCAACCAAUACGUGAUUAUGUUGAUACAGCAGUUCGUCAUGUUAUGUUAAGGCAAGGUGUUUUAGGCAUUAAAGUAAAAAUUAUGAAAGCUAGUGAUCCGACCGGAAAAAAUGGUCCAAAAACUGAUUUACCUGAUAUUGUUACCGUUUCGGAACCCAAAGAUGAACCAAUCAUCACACAGCCUACUUCUGAGGAUUUCCAAAAAUCAGCAAUACCACCUCCUGAUGUUGUAGCUGUUUCACAAUCACCACCUAUUGCUCCUGCAGACUGUUGA